CUCAAUUCAAUCAGACUAGCAGACAGCAGUUAGUUGGUAUUUGGUGGUAGAUGUCUGUUAGCCUAAACUUGUAAACAUAACCUAUCCAUCUAAUUUUAUUCUGCUUAGUCAGAACUAAAUAUUCUUUGAUCAACACGUAUCGUGUAUAAUUUAUACUAAAAUUUUAAGAAAAUCAGUUUCGUUGUAUUGUUUAACAAAGUAAGAAAACAAAAGUAAAGCAGCGUUUUGCAUUUAUCAUAGAGUGGAUAGUGUAUUUCAGAAUACUGGCCUAAAUUAUCUGUUUGUUUUGGAACUGUUAAUAGUGUAACAAAAUGAAUGGAAAAUUUCAGUUUGCUAUAGAUAGAGGUGGAACUUUUACAGAUAUAUAUGCUAAAUGCCCUAGUGGUAAAGUUUGUGUAAUGAAACUUUUGUCAGUGGAUCCUGAUAAUUAUCCUGAUGCACCGCGUGAAGGUAUUAGGCGUAUCCUGGAGAAGGAGACAGGAGUGCCAAUGCCAGCUUCUGAGCCAGUGGAUGGAUCACUGAUAGAGUGGAUUCGGAUGGGCACGACAGUGGCAACCAAUGCUCUGUUGGAGCGCAAGGGUGAGAGAAUGGCUCUCCUCAUCACCAAGGGCUUUAAGGAUGUUCUCUACAUUGGAAACCAAGCAAGACCAAAAAUAUUUGAUCUGGAGAUAGUGACACCUGGAGUGCUGUAUGAGGAGGUGGUGGAGGUGGACUGCAGGGUGGUGCCAGCUAUGGACGGGCGGUGCAGUCUGAAUCACCAGUACCAGCGAGUGGAGGGCAAGACAGGGGAGCCACUGUACAUCACACGGCCAUUAGACUCAGCAAGCUUACUCUCUCAGCUCACUGACCUCAAGGCUCGAGGCAUCAACAGCGUGGCCGUUGUUCUCAUGCACUCUUACACAUAUGUAGAGGAUGAGUUGUUGGUGGGAAAGUUGGCGGAGAAGGCAGGGUUUGAUCAUGUCUCUCUCUCUCACCAAGUCAUGCCUAUGUUGCGCAUUGUGGCCAGAGGUUUCACAGCCUGUGCUGACGCUUACCUCACACCUCAUAUCAAGAAAUAUGUCCAGGGCUUUGCCUCCGGAUUCAAAGAUAAUUUGAAAGGCGUCAAUGUUUUGUUUAUGCAAAGUGAUGGAGGUCUCACACCAAUGGAUUUGUUCAAUGGGUCCCGAGCCGUACUAUCAGGCCCAGCAGGAGGUGUGGUGGGCUACGCCGUCACCACCCCAGGGCCUGACCCUGUCAUUGGUUUUGACAUGGGCGGUACCUCCACAGACGUAAGCCGCUACGCAGGCAGCUAUGAGCAUGUGUUUGAAAGCACUACUGCAGGAGUUACUAUACAGGCACCGCAGCUGGAUGUAAACACUGUGGCGGCCGGUGGGGGCUCGUGUCUCUUCUUCCGAUCAGGUAUGUUUGUGGUGGGCCCUGAGAGUGCAGGGGCUCAUCCUGGUCCUGUGUGCUACUGCAAGGGAGGGCCACUCACAGUCACUGAUGCCAACUUAGCCCUGGGCCGUCUGCUGCCGCAGUACUUCCCUCGAAUCUUCGGCCCUGACGGACAACAACCACUUGAUAAGGCUGCCACUCUCACUGAAUUCCAAAAAUUGACAGACCAGAUUAACACAUUCCUGGAGUCACAGCAGCAAGCCUCAACCCAGAUGACUGUGGAAGAGGUAGCAAUGGGCUUCAUCCGAGUAGCCAACGAAGCCAUGUGUCGUCCCAUCAGGGCCCUUACUCAGGCAAAAGGAUAUGAUACCCAACAGCAUACUCUUGCAUGCUUUGGAGGUGCAGGGGCGCAACAUGCCUGUGCUGUGGCGAGGGCGUUGGGUAUGACACGAGUGGCAAUCCACAAGUAUGCCGGAAUAUUGUCUGCUUUCGGCAUGGCAUGCGCUGAUGUAGUGCAGGAGGCGCAGGCCCCGGCUGCCAAGCCAUAUCUCCCAGAAAACUUUGCAUACCUGGAUGAACAGUUGUUAGAACUGACCAAGCAGUGCCUAGUUAAGCUGCAAGCACAAGGCUUCUCAAAGGAGCAGGUGAGGACAGAGCCAUACCUGCAUCUGCGUUAUCUGGGCACUGACUGUGCACUCAUGUGUGGCCCAGCACCAGGCUCUUCAGACUCUGCUCCUCGCCAUGGUGACUUUCUCAAGACAUUCCUACAGAGAUACCAAAGUGAGUUUGGUUUUACGCUUUCUGAUCGUACAAUAAUGGUAGAUGAUAUCCGAGUCCGAGGUAUUGGACAGUCCUUGGUCAAGAUAGAAGAGUCCAUUGAGAAAGCUUCAGGUCCACCACCAGUUGAUACAAUAACAUCUGUGUACUUUGACAAUGUGGGCUACUGCGACAGUCCUGUGUACCUCAUGUCCAGUCUGCGGGCCGGCCACCAGAUCACAGGGCCAGCGGUGGUGAUGGACGAGCUCAGCACUAUUUUAGUAGAACCAGACUGUACAGCCACUGUCACUACGUCAGGAGACCUGCUCAUACAUGUUGGUUCUGGCCAGCGGCGGGUAGUCGGCACUCACCUGGAUGCUAUCCAGCUUAGUAUCUUCUCUCAUCGCUUCAUGAGCAUCGCGGAACAGAUGGGCAGGGUGCUGCAACGAACUGCAAUAUCAACCAAUAUCAAAGAACGACUGGACUUUUCUUGUGCACUGUUUGGGCCUGACGGAGGCCUGGUGAGCAAUGCCCCCCAUAUUCCCGUCCACCUGGGGGCCAUGCAGGAGACAGUGCAGUAUCAGAUGAAGAUGUUGAGAGAUAACUUCCACGAAGGAGAUGUGAUCCUGUCCAACCAUCCUAAGGCUGGAGGCUCCCAUCUUCCAGACCUAACUGUCAUCACUCCUGUAUUCUACAAAGGCAUUGAAAAGCCAGUGUUUUUUGUGGCAAGCAGAGGCCACCAUGCAGAUAUAGGUGGCAUCACGCCGGGUUCCAUGCCUCCUCACUCCAAGUCUCUGAGGGAAGAAGGUGCUACAUUCAAGAGCUUUUUCUUAGUGCAAGGAGGCAAGUUCUGUGAACAGGAGGUGACUGAGGCCUUGAUGGCCCCUGCCUUGGUUCCAGGCUCCUCGGGUACUCGCAACCUCAAGGAGAACAUCUCUGAUCUUAAGGCCCAGAUAGCUGCCAACCAAAAGGGGAUAAAUCUAGUGCGAGAGCUGAUAGAUGUGUACGGCCUGGAUGUGGUGCAAGCAUACAUGGGGCAUAUCCAGCAGAAUGCGGAGCUAGCAGUACGGGAUAUGCUGCGGGACAUUGGUACAGCCACCCCCAGCCACCAGCUGUCUGCUGUGGAGUACCUGGACGAUGGUUCUCCUAUCCAACUCACUGUAGACAUUGAUGUAAACACUGGCAGUGCUGUUUGUGACUUCAGUGGGACUGGUCCAGAAGUGUGGGGUAACUGUAAUGCUCCCCGAGCCAUCACCAUGUCAGCUCUCAUCUACUGCUUGCGUUGCAUGAUCGGUCGGGAUGUUCCGCUUAAUCAGGGCUGCUUAAACCCAGUGAAGACAGUAAUCCCAGAGGGGUGUCUCCUGGACCCAUCAGAUGAUGCUGCAGUUGUUGGAGGUAAUGUGCAGACCUCUCAGCGCAUAGUGGAUGUGGUGUUUAAGGCAUUCAAGACAUGUGCUGCAUCGCAGGGCUGCAUGAACAACGUGACAUUCGGCCAAGAGGGUUGGGGCUACUAUGAGACAGUGGCUGGUGGUGCAGGAGCGGGUCCCACAUGGCAUGGUCACAGCGGAGUCCACACCCACAUGACCAACACUCGGAUAACAGAUCCGGAAGUGCUGGAACAUCGUUACCCGGUGAUCCUGCAGCAAUUCAGCCUGCGCCCUGGCUCUGGCGGAGGAGGAGCAUAUCGUGGUGGUGACGGUGUUGUCAGAGAACUUCUCUUCAGAGCGCCUAUGACUCUAUCCAUCCUAACAGAGCGCAGGGUGUUUGCUCCAUAUGGUCUGGAAGGUGGGCUGCCUGGGGCUAAGGGUCUAAAUUUGAUGUUGAAGGCAGAUGGCAGAAUUAUUAACCUUGGAGCAAAGACAGCAAUAAAUGUUGGUCCUGGGGACGUGUUCCAAAUGUUUACUCCCGGAGGUGGGGGUUGGGGAGCUAUUGGCGAGGGUGAAUCAGUCCAAAACCCCAACAAGCCUUGUUCUGUGUUAGAGAGAGGAAGCUUGUUUGAGUACCGCAAGGCUCAAGAAUCCGUCUGAUCAAAUCAAAAUUAUUAUUUAGCUCUUAGAGUAUCUGUGCUAUAGUAGGUAAGGUACUGAAUUACAAACAUUUUUGGUCUUGCAGAUAAUUUAUCAUGUGUUAAUCUCUUAUAUAUUUUAUUACAAUGGUUAUACUUUAGUGAAUAAUAAUAUUGUUAUAAAUUUAUUAAAUAUAAUAUUGUUUAAAAA